AUGCCUUUGACAGAUUACAAGGUGCAGCGGCGCAUCGCCGAGGGGCGCUUUGGUACUGUCUUUGCCGCCACGAACACGGUGACGGGAGAGGCUGUUGCUGUGAAGAAGAUCCGAGCACGGAAAAACCUGCCCGGACUGGACUUCGAUCCGUGGUACAAGAGCGCGGAGCGCGAGCGGGAUGUACUGGUGGCUGUGCGCCACGAGAACAUCAUCGAGCUCUUGGAGCAUUCCGUAGAGCCAGGGGGGGUCAUGGCCAUACUGAUCUAUCCCUUCUUGGCCUGGGACCUGGCUACAGUGUUGGAGCGCCACAAGCCUCUGGCAGAGGGACAGACGAAGACCCUGCUUGCAAUGCUGCUUGCGGGUUUGGCCCACCUCCAUGGCUCUGGCGUGGUGCAUCGCGACCUCAAGCCGCCGAACAUCCUGGUGGAUGGCGUAAGCGGCCAGCUCAAGCUGGCGGAUUUUGGGUCGGCAAGGUUCGUCCCAGGCACUCCGGAGACUCCAGAGGCAAGCGCCAGCUCCGGCGAUGGCCUGAUGACACGGGAUGUGUGCACUCGGUGGUACAAGUCCCCCGAGAUGCUGUUUGGCUCUGUGGACUACUCCUUUGGCGUGGAUCUCUGGGCCACUGGCUGCACGUUUGCGGAGCUUGUCUCGGUGGCCGGUGACGCGCUGUUCCCAGGAGGGAGCGACCUGGAGCAGCUUUGCCUCAUCUUCCAGGCACUCGGAACGCCAGACGAGGGUGAUUGGCCGGAGCUGCGACAGCUCCCGGACUACCACAAGGUUUCCUUCAAGCCACGUGCGCCAAAUCGACCAGACUUGGCGCCCUUGGCAUCUGCCUCCGCACAGGACCUGUUGUGGUCCUUCCUGCGCCUGAACCCGCGGCAACGCUUGGGGGCUCGCGAGGCUCGGGCCCACGAGUUCUUCUUGGGCGGCGCUGAGGCCGUGCCGGCGCAAGCGAUCGUCGCAGGCUUGGUAGCAGAGACAGGACACCACCAGGCUGAGACGAACGAGGGCUCCUUUUCGCCGAUUGGCCUCAGCGAGUUCGGCUCGGACUGCAGUGGCUUCAGCUUUCCGGCCGCCGAUGUCCUUGAGCGUGUGCCCAUAGAGACCACCACCUGCGGGCUUUGGGAUGAGGCUGCCGGCCUGCCAGAGCCCUCGUCGGAGCCUCCUCCGGGACGCCGCACUCCCACGCCACCCAGGUCUGGCGUUCACAAGCUGAAGGCAGCAAGGUGA